AUGUCUACGGGGCGCCACUUGUGCAUAAUUCUAAGCUGCCUGCAGUUGUUGCAAGUGCGCUGCAUACAAUUGCCGCAGUCAGUGUAUAACGCAAAGCUGCUGCAGCUAGCAGCAAAGAUAAAGCUGGAGCAGCACUUCGAAACAAUUGUGGUCUAUGGCGAUUUGAGCUGUGAGUUUGAUGCGCUGCUGCAGCAGCUGCAAGCGCCAACAGUGCUGCUGAGCAAUGGCAGCAGCAGCAAGGAUUGGAAUUUCAACAGCAAUGCGCUGCUGCUAAGCUGUGAGCUGGGCCAGGAGCAAGAACUGAAUGCACAUACAGCGCUAAAGCUGCAAACAGCGCGACGUUUGGUUUACAUGGGCGCGCAACAAACAGCGGAUCAAGUGUGUGGCAGCUACUUUAAGCGUGAACAGCAUAAUGCAGCGUUGUUGGGCGCAGACUUUGCAACAACAGGAAAUUACUUUGGUUGUCGCAGAUUUGAGCAGCAGCGGCAUGUGCAACUUAAUGUAGCAGCAGCUGACCCAAGCUAUGUGCAGCAGUUUGCAAAUAUGCAGGGCUUGGCUAUAAUAAGCGAGCCUGAUCAGCUGGCGCCACGCUCCAUGCUUUAUAUAGAGCAUGGCGCAUAUAAAAUGAUUGGCUAUGUUGCAGACUUGAUCAACACAUUCGUGCAACGUUAUAAUGCAACACUAAAGCUAAGCGAGCGCUACGACAUAGGCAAGAUUAUAUAUUAUGGUGAUAUAGAAACGCUGGCGCAGCUGAAUCGCAUUGAUGUGGGCACUACGCUGGGCUCUUCGCUAGCCAAAACCAACUUUGAUUAUCUAAGUUAUCCUUAUAUAUCCACAUCUUACUGCUUAAUGAUGCCGCUGCCUGCUGCGCUGCCUUAUAAAGAAAUUUUCGCGCUUAUAGUCGAACCGCUAGUGUUGUGCAUAUUGCUGCUGUUGAUGUGUUUGCUGUCGCUGCUGCUUGUCUAUGCGCAGCAGCUGAGCUGGCGUCAGCUUAGCUGCUGCAAUGUGCUGCUCAAUGAUCGCUGCCUGCGUGGACUGCUGGCUCAAGGAUUUCCGUUGCCUGCUAACAGCAGCAAAGAGCUUAAAGCAGUUUGUCUGCUGCUUUGCUUUGCUGGUCUAAUGACCACCACCAUGUACUCCGCAUAUUUGCAGUCCUACUUUACUGAACCGCCACUCGAGCCCAAGCUGCGCAACUUUUCCGACAUACGCAUUGCGCAGCAGCAAGUCGCUGUUUAUCAUAAGGAAGCCAACAAUUUGCUGCGCAGCUACAAUCUGCAUAUCACUGAUGCUCAAUCCCAUGUGCGCGUCAUGUACGAUUGGGAUGAGUUUGUGCACAAGCGCGACACUUUCGACAAAACGUAUUCAUAUCUUGUUGCCGAGGUGCGCUGGGACACCUACGAGGAGCAGCAGAAGCUCUUCACGCAGCCCAUUUUCUACUACAGCGACAUUUGCCUGAACAGCUUUGUGCUCCUCAGCGUUCCACUGCGUCGUCAUCUGCCCUAUCGGCAGCUCUUCGAUGAGCACAUCCUGCGCAUUCAGCAGUUUGGCUUGCUCGAGCAUUGGCUGGACAGAAACUUCUUCGAUAUGGUUAGACUUGGGCUAACGCCGCUCGAGGACUUUAGCACUGCGCCUGAGCAUGAGGAUUCGGUUUACUUGCGUGAUCUAACCACCAUUUUUAACUUUUAUGUAGCUGCCAAUUUGCUGGCCUGCUUUUGCUUUGGCCUUGAAUGCUGCUGGGCCAGAUUGCGCAAGAGACGCCUACGCAGUGUUAAAUGCUGGCGGAUAUUAGCGCUGAGUAGCUACACUGAGCGAAAUAUGCAGUGA